GCAUGUUCUAUUCGUGUGGCUUCUGCUGUGGCCGAUGAGACCAAUAAUUUGGAAGAAAAAGGUUUCCCUCGUGUUGAAAAUCUAAAAGCUCCACUUCCACCUGUGGAUGUGCCCAACUUGCGUGCUUCUCUCUUGGUUUCAGCAUUUCUUAUUUAAUUUGUGAAGCCUCUGUGGACAUUUCAAUGCACAAACUCCACCAGAAAUGCAGACGUCAUACUCCGAUGUAAGUUUUUGAAGGCGAAAGCGGAAGCGACGCGCCCUCCUUAUUUCUGUCAGCCAUUUGCAAUUGCCGAAAAGCCUUGGGAUACAGGGCAAAGCAACUGAAUAAAUGUGCGAAUGUUUUUGGAAGAAGGAAAUCCAUAAACCAAAACUUAGCAAACGGGUUAAGGGAACAAACGCCACUAGCAAGCGGCAUGGUGGCCAUCACUGCACGCAUCCAGCACUGGCACAAGGAAAUCUCAGAGGUGAUGGAGAAGCCCAGACUCAUGGUCACUGUCAUUGUUAUAGGAUUCUUCAACUUCUGGUUGGCCAGUGAGCAGGUCCGGAUGACCCUUCACCUGCUGCAGUACAUGAGACUGGCCGAACCUCGAGACUCUCAGAGGCUCCUGGACCGAUACUUCCUCUUCGGACUAUCCAUCUUCGCCUUUGUUUGGCUGGACCUCAUGAUACUGAACCUCAUCUUGAUUCCAAUACGGAACAACGUCAAGCCGAGAGCCGAGCGAAGGAACCCCGUCAGGUCUUGUCGAAAGACUUCUUCAGCGUGACGAGCCAAUCAUGUGUCUUGGAAAGCGUGACUAGCCAAUCAUGGGCCUUGGAAAACAGUUGCUAGAUUAACUGCCGGGCGAAGGACUGCUACCUGGAACGAGACUGAGCUGUCCCCAUCCCCCGACCACAUCUGAAAACUUCAGAUAAUUACCUAUGUAUUUUGUUUAUUUGUUUGUUUUUGGUUGUUGUUUGUUCGGGGUUUUCUCUUUAGAAAUCAUUUAAUUAUGUAUUCACUGUCGACAUUUUAGCAUGAAUACGCCUUGUCCACUUCGUUUACAUGCAAUCGUAUGUGUAUAUGUCAUGAUUUUGUCAGCAAGACAGUAAUCAGAAAGACAUGGGAACUUUUUCAAUACUUUUUUUUAAAAGAGAGAGAGA